AACCUUGUAAACAAACAAAAGUCAAAACAAGCAAAGUGCAAGCAAACAAGUGGUUUGCUUUUAUCGUGGUUUCGCCAAUUUUGAUAAGAAAAUAUUAUAAUAAGAACAUACAUAACUAAACUAGAAAUAAUAAAUAUAUAAGUGUGUGAAUCAAGUAUACUGUUAUAAGAAAGCAUGCAGAUGGGAUCAGAAAUGCCUGAAACAUAUACGGUAUCUGCAGCUGAACGCCAGUUCUAUGAAGACAAUGGUUACUUGGUGAUUAAAGGACUUAUUGACUUUACCUGUUUGUAUGGAUGCAAGCAAAGAUUCAUAAAGAUAUGCAAUGGUGUGGUGGCCAGAGGAGCCAUGACCGUUGUCAAGGAGCCGAGCCUCAUCCCUAAGGGAGUUAAAGGUGAAGAUCUCAUAAAUAAGGUUUCAGACAUCCAUUUUGACGAGGUGUUUUCAACAUACACCGAGCACCCUCGCUUGUUGCACGUGGUGGCUCAGCUCAUUGGCGAACCCCUCCGUGUUAGCAACAGCAUGCUCAUCAACAAGCCACCCGGCAGCGUACGACACCCGCCCCACCAGGAUCUCUACUAUUUCCCGUUCCGUCCUGCGGAGAAAAUCAUCGGAGUGUGGACUGCUAUAGAUGACGUCACGGUAGAAAAUGGCUGCCUCUACGUUCUACCCAAGUCGCAUAAACGGAACAUCCUGUAUCCGCACGGAAACUUGCCUGACUCUAACAAGAUGUACCACGGAAUCCUGGACCCCGCGGCGUCGGAGGAGCCUCGCGCGCAGCUGGAGAUGAGUCCAGGAGACACGGUGUUCUUCCACCCGCUGCUGGUGCACGGAUCAGGCCCCAACACCACAAGGGGUUACCGCAAAGCUCUGACGGCGCACUACGCGCACGAGGGUUGCCAUUACAUCGACGUGCAGACGUCGGACGCCGAGCAGGGCUCCGUGCAGCGCGCGCUCGCGGCCGAGGUGGAGGCCGAGGCCAAGAGGCGGGGCUUCGCACUCAACUUCACGGACGUGUGGCGAUAUAAAAGCAAGUCGAUCGAGAGUAAGGCGCUGCAGUCCAAACUAUAAACUUACUAAAUUGUUUAUUUUACUCUAAUAAUAAUAUGUGAUAAUACAUAUCUAUGGUGAUAAUAUAUAAAUGGUGGAGAUUAUUUGUUUUACUAUUUUGUUAUUUUUUAUACACUUGUUAGUAAUAAUAAUAUCUAGGUAUAAGACAAAAAUCUACAUUUUUGUUCUUACUGACUAAUUUAUUAUUUUAAGUGCAAUUAUGGUGAAAUGUUUACAGGUGUUUUUUUAAAUAUUUUUAAUAAUAAAUGUUUUCUAACUUA